AUGUCUCAGCUCUUCCGACAAAGCAUGACCCCGGAUUCCCCAGAGGCCAUCAGCCGGCCUGGGCCUUUGCCACACAACACUCACGACCUGCCAACGACCGACAUUGAUGACCACAGCAGCUCCUCAGACAGCUCCGCAUCAUCAGCCGCCAGCGCCGCCACAGUUCGGCCAUCCUCACGCGAACAGCCCGCCCCCGCCAAGCCGUGGGCCGCCUAUUUCGACCAGGAACUCUGCCUCACACAGACAACUGCUACCCAAAAGGCCACAUACCUCGUCUAUCUAUGUCCGCCUAAAAACCCAUCCAAAGACCCCCUCUUCGUCUGCCAUCAUGGAGCCGGAGCCUCGGCCCUAUCUUUCGCCCUCUUCGCCCUCGAGCUCCGCCGCCAACUCCCCACAGCCGGAAUUCUCUCCCUCUCAGCCCGCGGCCAUGGCUCGCAUGUUACAGACCUUUUCGGCGCGGAAAUCAUUGACUUUAGCCUGGAAGCCCUUACAAACGACGCCCUAGCCAUGAUCCAUUUAACCACAGCCUCUCAAUCCUGGCCUCAAAUUCCGCCCACAAUCCUGAUAGGCCACAGUCUCGGCGGAGCAAUCGUCACAACCCUCUCAACAACGCACUUCCGCUCUUUCGGCUCAAAUCUAAUUGGAUACUGCGUUCUUGAUGUUGUCGAAGGUUCGGCAAUCGAAGCAUUAGGACAUAUGAGAACCUACCUCUCCUCAAGGCCUAAAGUCUUCUUGUCCGUGGAUGAAGCUAUCGUCUGGCACACGAGAACUCGCACAAUUAGAGAUCAGAGAAGUGCGGAAGUUAGUGUUCCCAGCAUCCUCGUCCCAAAUGGUGACGGAGGUUUCACAUGGCGCACAGAUCUCGCAGCUACGAACCCCUGGUGGGAAGAAUGGUUCAAGGGGUUGUCACAGAAGUUUCUCACAGGAAGGGGAGCGAAACUUUUGAUUCUGGCGGGUACKGAUCGUCUGGAUAGGGAAUUGAUGAUUGGGCAGAUGCAAGGUAAAUUUCAGCUCGUUGUGAUCCCCGAAGCUGGACAUUUCGUACAGGAGGACGUGGCGGAGAAAAUCGCGGGCUUACUGGUGGAGUUCUUCAAGCGGAACGAUCGUAGUCAGAUGGUGUUACCACCAAAGGUCAGUGAACUACUUGCACAGGGCAAAAAGGUAUGA